UCAUAUUAAUUUCCCUCUACAAGUGGACAACCUCCUCCUAAAUGUUUGGUGCAAUCAUCUUUUUUUCUUGAUCUAUUCAAUUCAUUCUUCCACUCCAUUGACUUGCUCUCUCGAUCUUUAAAUAUUUCCUUUUCAGCUCUAAAUAUAUAAACCCAAUAUCUCGAUCGAUCUUCUCUAGAAGUAGCUUGAGUUCUAGUCAUGAUUUUAUGAUCAAUAUUAUCAUCUCUUCAUCAAAAUUAGGGUCCCUUCUUUAUAUGUAUGUACGUAUUGACCGCCAUUGCUCAAUACUCAGCUAGCUGCAUGGAUUCUUCAGGAAAUUACAAUAUCCCUUCGGGAAGAUCUCCAAGAAGAGAGCUCCAAGGCCCUCGCCCCGCGCCUCUCAGAGUGCACAAAGAUUCCCACAAGAUCAAGAAACCCCCACUAGCUCCGCCGCAGCAGCCGUCACAACCACAACCUACUCAGUAUCGCCCUCCGGUCAUCAUCUACACCGUCUCGCCCAAAGUAAUCCACACCAGCCCUAGAAACUUCAUGAACCUUGUUCAAAGCCUGACCGGCCGCCUGCAGCAGUCAUCAUCUUCAUCAUCUGUUGCUGAUCAUCAUCCUUCAAGCAAUCCUUUUAAUGUCAAUAACAGCGGUGCAGUUUCGCCGGCGGCACGUUAUGCGGCGGUAGAGAAGGCGGUGAAGUCUCCAGAAGGGAAUAAGAAACAACAGAGUGGCGAAGUGGGUGGCAUGGAAGGGAUAGAGAUUGCUCAUGGGGUUGAGAUGGUCAUGGGCUCUUUCCCGGGGAUACUGUCACCGGGGCCGGCUUCACUUCCUCCGAUUUCAUCGAACUUUUUCUCUCCGCCAUCUGACCCGAGCCCACUUAGCAGCUUCUUUCAUGAUUUGAGCCCCGUGCUUCAUGGCAGCAAGAAUUACCUAGAAGGUAGUUUCAUGCCUAGUCCUUCGACCUUUGUUUCACCUCGUAUGGCAUCUUCCCCCAUCACUCCAUCCAUAGAUUUAUUCAACAAUUUCUUCGACUUCUGAUUAUUGUUAUAGAUUCUUCCCUUUUUUUGUUUUGUUUCGAUAAAGGAAAUUAAGAGUCAUAGAGGUGUUUUUUUGGUUCAGCUAGCUAGCUCAAUGGUGAAGAAGAUCGAUAGAAAGAGAGGGACGACUAAAGUACUGGAAUUAAUUCUGAUGAUAUGACUUUAAUUUGUUUUUAUUUUUAUUAUUAUUAUUAUUAUUAUUAUUAUUAUUAUUAUUAUUUUUAUGGGGUUUUUGCUACUUGGAGAAUUCUUAAUGGCACUGUCUGCUUAGCUUAUUCAAAUCAUAAUUUGGUGGGGCAUGCUUUAGGACAAUUUGGCCCAAAUAUCACAUCAUACUCAACUUUUUUUUUUUUUUAAUUCAAUUUUAUUAAUCAAUGUGUUGUUGUGGCUUGUGGCCUUUAUUUUUCUCUGAUUUGUUGUGGCCUGCAAAUUAUUAUUAGCAUUAAUGCAUUUCAUCUCUUUUUUAUGGUUCAAGCACAAGUUUUAUCCUUUCCCUUCUGAUCUAUAUAUAUGUUUGAAUUUGAAGUCUAAAUGCAACAUUGU